AUGAGUCUGCUGGGGACCCCAGGGACCUUAGGGCUGGCUGGAAAUGAUGGUGGUGCUGCUAGCUCCAAAUGCCUAGGCACUGAACAAGUCAACAAGGAGCCCAAGUUUGAUGGGGCACCAAGUUGGUGUGGACUCCGUUCUACUGGCUCCCCCAUAAUGGCAGGCAUCUGCCUCAUUUGGGACCGCUGUGGGGGCCUGAGCCCCAGGUGUGAAACCUUUCUACAAAGCCUCUCCCGUUUCCUCUACUGCUCAUCACUGGCAGGCAACUGGGCCCAUCCUGAGAAACAUGGAAGUGUCCAGGCCCUGCCAGUUUGUGCUGCUUUCUGUGACCAGUGGUUUUCAGCCUGCAGAGAUGACCUGACCUGUGGCCGGAAUUGGCUCUUCCAACCAGAAGGAGGGAGUUGUGAGGGUGGCUGUCUCACCUUUGACCAGACCUUCCUGGAUGCCCGAGACCUGUGCAAUUCUGCUCUGGGAGACUACCUGGUUGCUGCACCUGCUCCCUGUCCCUGCCUUCAGCUCUCCAUCUCUGACUCGAAGCCACCUGGCCCAGAGACCCCAUUCAGCACCGCCUGCCCAGCCGGGCGACUGCCCCGACCUCGAGGGCCCCGGAACAACCGGCUCAGACGCCGCUCACUGCUCCUCCCUCCAGUGGGGUUUGGCAGUGGCAGCGGGGGCAGCGGUAGCGGUAGCGGCCCCUAG